AAAUAAUACAUUCUAAGACAUUGAGUAUUUUGAGGAUACAACACUCUUUGAAUACAUCAUGAUCUGGUAAAUGCUGGAAAGUCUGAGUCAACUCGAAAGCGGAAACGGAAGUAAAAAAUGGCCGCUGCAGUUUCUCGACCAUUUACAAACAGUGAAGCAAUAGCUUGUCUCCAUGACAUCAUCAAUGCGUUUAAACUGCCUGAGAACAACAUUCGAAUAGAGGAGGCCAGAGAUAAUGCAGGCAACAACAUGAUGCAGAUGAUGCAGAUUGUCUUCCCUGUUACCACAGAGAUACAGAUGGGUGUCAUUACCAAAUAUGGCUUCUCUGCAGAUGGAGAUGGAAUGAUUAGAUUUUCACAAACAAUCAAAAACUUUGAAAAACUUGAUCCUGAGAUAGCUGAACUGAAUGCCCAAAUAAGGACAUAUGUGAUGCCGCAAAUGGAUGCUCCUCCCCCAAUGCAAUAACUGGGAAUACUGCUUGGGUAGUGAAACCGUUAUUAUACAUAUGAAUAAUGGAGAGAAUAUCUCGAUGUCAGUCGGAAAAUUUACGAGAUAAUUUACCAAAAGAUGUCAUGGUGAUCAGUAUGAUGCAAAAUGGGAUUCUUCAGUGUACAUGUAUACAUAGUCAUACUGUAAUAUACCUACGUGUAUGCUGUUUUUAACCUGUAAAUAUGCAGUAGUGUGCAAUAUUGAAGCUGCAAACCUGCAGACUAUGAACUAAAGCUAUAGUUCCCAGUAAAACAGUGAUUUUUUCUCAAGUGGGUGCAAA